AUGUCGGAGGACCAUGACAAGUGUAUUGGCGAGCAGCCCUGCAGCCCCAGCGGCUCCCACAGCUCUCUGUCCCAGGACGAGUCUGACUCCGAGGGGCCGUGCUCUCCCGCGGGCUCCGACAGCCAGGGCUCUCUGCUCGGGGGGAUGGGGAAGAAGCUGGACGGGGAGGACGAUGAGCGCUUCCCUGCCUGCAUCCGGGACGCAGUGUCUCAGGUGCUCAAAGGAUACGACUGGUCCCUGGUGCCAAUGCCUGUGCGCGGCAGCGGCUCCAUGAAGAACAAGCCGCACGUCAAGAGACCCAUGAACGCCUUCAUGGUGUGGGCGCAGGCGGCGCGCAGGAAACUGGCGGACCAGUACCCGCAUCUCCACAACGCAGAGCUCAGCAAGACCCUGGGCAAACUCUGGCGUUUACUGUCAGAAAGUGAAAAGAGGCCAUUUGUUGAUGAGGCGGAGAGACUGCGAGUUCAGCAUAAGAAAGACCAUCCAGAUUACAAGUACCAGCCUCGCAGAAGGAAAAAUCUGAAGCCUGGUCAGAGCGACUCAGACCCUGGGGCAGAUCUGCAUCACAUGUACAAGGCAGAGCCUGGCAUGGGACUGGGCGGCCUCACAGACGGACAUCCUCAUGGGGAACACACAGGACCCCAUGGACCACCCACACCCCCCACUACACCCAAAACAGACCUACACCAUGGAGUCAAGUCGGAUCUGAAGCAUGAAGCCCGUCGCCUGGUGGAUCGGCAGAACAUAGACUUCAGUAACGUGGACAUCUCUGAGCUCAGCACUGAUGUCAUCAGUAACAUAGAGACUUUUGACGUGCAUGAGUUUGACCAGUACCUGCCCCUGAACGGCCACGCUGUGUCAUCCGCGCUCCCCCCUGAUCACAGUCAGGCUGCAGCCGGAGCUCUGUAUACUUCCUCUUAUUGUAAUGCCUCACAGUGGAGCAGGAAGAGCACCUUGCACCCUGCUCCAACAGGUGACGCAGGACAGCACCGGCUCCACAUCAAAACCGAGCAGCUUAGUCCCAGUCACUACAGCGAGCACUCUCCCUCACACUCAGAGUUCUCCUACAGCGCUCAGGCCUCCUCCAGUGUCUCUGCGCCUGCCGCCUCUUUCUCCAGUUCACAGUGUGACUAUACUGACCUGCAAAGCUCUAACUACUAUAGCCCCUACUCUGGAUACCCUUCCACUUUGUACCAGUACCCGUACUUCCACUCCUCCAGGAGGCCUUACAGCAGCCCCAUCCUCAACGGUCUGUCAAUGGCCCCUAGCCACAGCCCCACAGCCUCCAGCUGGGACCAACCCGUCUACACUACUCUGUCACGGCCUUAA